AUGUUUGGUUUUCGUACCGUCUUAGUCGGUGAUCCUAAUUUUUUAAAAGAUUUAUUCUCUCCAAGUGUCCAUUCCCCUUUUUUACGUAGAAUUCCUUUAUUACCUGGUUUUAAAGAAUUAGGAAUGGAUAAAGAAGGUUUAUUAUUAAAUUUAGAUAUUCCAAAAUGGAGACAUAAUCGAAAAUUCUUUCAACAAUCUUUAUCUCCUCCAAGUUUUAUUGAAUUAAGCACUUUAUAUACUCGUGAAUGUUGUGAAGAAAUGAUGACUUAUUGGGAUGAUGUUAAAAAUACGCAGGUCGUUAGAUUGGAUGAAUGGUAUCGUGCUUUUACUAGUGAUAUGAUGGGUUUGGUUGCUGCUGGUUCUAAAGAAGAUUCUUUAAAAAUUCAAUAUAAAAAAACUGUUGGUAAUAAUGCUAAAUUCUCUUUUAAUUUAGAAUCUGAUAUUCUUGAUGAUGAUUUAAAUAAUUUAAAGAAUUUAAGUAAUGGCGAACAAUAUCGAAGAUUACGUUCGGAUUAUUCGGAUGCUGUAGCUUUUUUCGUAUUUAUUCCAAAAUUUAUUUGGAAUUUACCUUGGUUCAGCAAAAAAUGCAAUUAUUUUCGCCAAGUUUUACUUAGUCUCUCGGAAUUUGAAAUUAAAUUUAUAAAAGAACGUAAAGCUAUGAUUGAAGAACAAAAAUAUAUCAGCUCUACAACUUUAUCAACUAAUGAUAUCAAUAAAAAUAUUAUUAGUCCUAAUUGGAGUGGAACUAAAGUAAGAUCGGAUUUUCUUACAAUGUUACUUACCAUGAAUAAUGAUGAUUCAAAUCCAUCUCCUGAAGAUAUUAAACAAAACAUUCGAGAAAUGUUUGGUGCUGGAACUGGUACAACAACUACAGCUCUUUGUAUUGUCACUUAUCUUUUGGCAAAACAUCCUGAAGUUGAAAAACGUAUGGUCAAAGAAAUUUUAAGUGUCAUUGGUCCAACAAAAAAUAUUGGUUCCUAUGAUCUUUCAAAACUAGUUUACACUGAAGGUGUUAUAUAUGAAGCAAUGAGAUUAUAUCCUAUUGCUCCUAUAACUUUUCGAUAUACACCAGACGUUUCCACUCAAAUUGAUGGUUAUAAUUUUCCACCAAAUACUAUUUUUGGUAUAAAUUUAGCUCAUAUUCAACGAAAUGAAAAAUAUUUUAAAGAUCCUGAAAUAUUUAAUCCUGAAAGAUUUUUAGGAAAUUGGAGAGCAACUUUACCGACAUUUGCUUUCUCUCCUUUUGGUCAAGGAAUGAAAUCUUGUCCUGGAAAACAUUUUGCUAUGACCGAAACAAAAGUUAUUUUAGCUACUAUUUACAGAAAAUAUACUUUUAAAUUAGUUAAACCAAAAGAUCCAUUACAUUUAAAAUUUAACCUCGUUAAUGAUAUUACAAAGUUGGAAGUUUUUCUUGAAAAACGAAAAUUAGAAUUACUUUCUCGUAAUUGGAUGAUCACAUGA